AUGCCGAAUUAUAUGAUUCAGAUAGAAAGAUCUCUCAAUAUUUGGGCUUCGUCCAGUGCUAUAGAACGUCCAACUUCUCAAAAGAAAUUGAAGAAAUGCUGGUCUAUUCAAGAUCAAUUAAUUGAAUUGUGUGCAGAGGACAUCAGAGAAAUUAUUGUCAAAGAAAUUGAAAAGAUUGGUUUUUUUGCUUUAAUGUGUGACGAAGCUAGAUGUUAUAGAGAAGAACAAUUGUCAAUUUGUGUAAGAUAUACUAUUGAUUUGGAUGUAUAUGAACGAUUUUUAUGUUUUGUUGAUGUGUCAAAUAGACUAACUUCCAACCAUAUCGUUGCUGCGCUGUUUGAAUGUUUUGAAAAACAAAAAUUGACUAUGUCUAAGAUCAAAAUAAUUGCACAAUCAUAUGAUGGCGCCAGUGUUAUGUCUGGACACUUACGUGGUGUUCAAUCAAGAAUUAAAGAACGUUAUCCAUACGCUAUAUACACUCACUGUAUGGCACACCGCCUUAAUUUAGUAGUUGUAGAUACAUGUAAAACAAUAAAGAAUGCAAAACUUGUUUUUAAUGUACUUGAAGCAAUAUACGUACAUUUUUCACAACCAUCAAAAAAUAAGAAAUUAUGUGAAAUGCAAAGAAAUUUAGGAUUAAAUAAAGGAAAUGUACUAAGGAUAUGUGAUACAAGAUGGGUGUGCAGAUAUAAAAAUUGCGUUGCAAUGUUGAAAAAUUAUUCUAGCAUUCUUAAUCUUCUUAACGAUGAAAUUGAGGAACAAAUAGAUAAAGAUGUAGCACGUGCAUUGGAAUUUAUAAUAGUUCUUCACAUAUUGAGUGAAGUGUUAUCCAUUAUAAAUGUAUUAAGUAAUCAACUCCAAUCUAAAUCUGCUACCUUGGGAACAUCAAGUAAUUUAAUUCAAAGUGUAAUUUCUACUUUUGAAAAUCAGAGAAAUGAAGAUGGCUUUUUUAAGCUUUGGGAACAAAUAAAGAAAUUUGCACAGUUAAACCAAAUAACAUUGGAAUUAUCAAACUCUGGAACAAAAUCUAAACGUAAACGUCAAGAGCCACGUCACUUGCAGAGCUAUAAUCUCGAGACUUUAACUGGAGCGCAAAGUGAAACAGAAUGYGGAACAAUUGUUUUAGCUAACUCAUUAGACCAGUUUAUGAAAAUGGAUUUUGAACAAGGAUCAUAUUUCAUCAAUCAUUACAAGGAUGUUGUAAAUAUUAAUUUAACAUCAUUGAAAGCAGAAAUGUUGCAGACAAAAAAUUGUAUGCAAACCAGAAAUUUGGACUUUGAUAUAAUUGGAUUAAAGAAAGUGGUGACUCAAGAUGUUUUUCCAAAUUUAUAUAGACUUGUUCAAGUGGGAUUAACAAUUCCUAUAAGUUCGGCUACCUGUGAAAGGUCAUUUUCGUCGAUGCRCCGUAUAAAGAAUUGGCUUAGGACAAGCAUGAAGCAAGCCAAAUUUACAGAUUUGUCUYGAAAAAGACAGUUCUGGAACCUGAUCCUGCUGGCUGAUUCCUAUGCUCUCGAGCUGAUCCCUGACACGURGCAGCUGAUCCUGCCGCCGGUCGCGCACGUACCCCCACCAGCCAACGCCGCCGGCGGCGGGCACCAUAUGGCCGCCACCCGGGGAAAAUAA